AUGUCAGACGCAAAAUCAGCAAUCAUGGAUCAGAUCCGCCAACAAGCCGCCCUAAGCAAUGCGCGAGCAUUAAUAGAAAAAGUCAACGAACACUGUUUCGAGCGAUGCGUCCCAAAACCCGGCUCCUCGCUUUCCUCCUCUGAAACUACUUGCUACACACAUUGUAUGGAGAAGUAUAUGGCCGCGUGGAACACAGUCUCGAGAACGUAUUUGCAGCAUGCUCAGCAGGGUGUUGCUGCCGCUGGUGGGGCACAGGGUGUUAUGGGGAGUAUAUGA